ACUAUUUGUAGAAAGACGAGCCAGUUUAUUGAUAGUGUCUUUGCUUCUUUUUAAUUUUUAUAAAUGUUCGUAAAGUAGGAAGUUUAGAAUAGACUGCGCCCACAGAUUCACUCCUCACCUCAACCUCCGCUUCAACUUCAAGUGUUUUCUUUGUUGGGUUGGUUGGGCCUUCUUAGCCUUUGCUUUCAGCCUUUAGGACUAAGGGUACAAGUUUUAGGGUGACAGUCUAGUGUCUGCUGGCCCUUCUUUGAGACUGCUGAGUAAGGUUAUCAGUUCCACGAUGUCCAUUCUUGUCACCCUGGUGACAGACGUGUUGUAUGGCUUCAGGGAUUCAGUCAGUGGAUGGUGGGUGGCUCUGAGAUGCUGGAGAGACGAGGCAAAACAAAUGAGUUCUCGCCCACAGGCACCAAAGGCAUUUGCAGAAAUUGCACGCAAACGUCAAGAAGCGAAGGGAAUCAAAGUGGAGGAUAGAGAGGGAUAACAUUCCUCAUACAGACCGUGUGCUCAUAUCUUCUCUCAUUAUGUGGAGAACGGUUUGAAAGUGCCAUAGCGAUGUCUGCGUGGAUACUUCAGUGUCUGUGGUGGUUCCCAAGCAUGGCUGUCAUCAAACUGACCAGCAUCAUCAACAACAACGAAGUUGCAGACAAAGUGUUCUUGUACAAAUAUGGCCGACCCAAGUAUACUCCGAUCGGGGCAGCCAUCAGCGAGUUUGUCUUCAGCAGUAUCUAUCAGAUGGUUUUUUUGGUUCAGGCUAGUGUGGUUGUGCUGCUGGUCCCCUGGCCCUGGCUGGCUAUGUACCUGGAGUGGAUGCACUACUCCCUCUUCUACGCCCUCUACGCUUUUGAGUACAAGUGGACCCUGCUGGGUAUACCAGGGCACACCCGAGUGGCCCAGAUAGAGAACAACUGGGUUUACUACUUCGCCUUUGGUCUGCCCGUACACCUGGCUAUAGGCUUCUGGGGGUCCCUGUAUACAAGGACCAUGGCCUUUACCUUGCUGUUUCCGUUUAGCAUCCUCGGAGCGACUGUGGCCUGCCCGCCCAGAUCUCAGUUCGUGUUCCCCGUUCACAUCAUGUUCCCAUCGGUGUACCUGGCCAACGAGCUGUACAAGCUGGCACAUCAUUACUUUGGCCGUAAAAAGCCGUCGAGCAAUGUUGAGCAGACACAGCAAAGUUGAGCAGCUCAAGCUUUAGGAGGAGCGGGGAAACAAAAAGCAAUCCAGUCGCUGGCAGAUCGCCAGAGUUUGUGUGUGUGUAUCUUCCUUGGUUUGUGGAGCGCAAAUCUGUGCUGAAAUCAGGACUGGCAUUCUUCUGGAGAUUUAUUUUUAAAAUUCCACAUGUAUAGAAUGUUCAAAAUUAUUUUUCUCUUAACAUUUUGCCAUCAUAUUUUGGGGAAAAUCCAAAGAAACUGAGUGGUAGACGUCGCCUAUCGGCGAGAUGAGGCAGCAAAAUGUUGAACAGGGGUUUCUGGGUUCAUUUGUAUUCAGUGUCAGAAAGGUUAUGUUUAAAAAUCUUUUGUUUUUGCUCACAAUUUGUUAAAUUCGAAAAUUUGAACAAAAAUUCAGUGAGACCCUUUAGACAAAUUGUAAGCCUUUGGUGGAUAUCGCAAUCUGGGUCAUCGCUUCCUGCCAUGUUUUGAGGAGUGUCGAAGCUGGGUUAAAAAAUCUGUCAGUGGUCGAUAUGAUCAUUCGUUGCUUUCUUUCUUUCUUACUUGAAAAA